CAACGAACCUUAAAUAUUACACCACCGUAAAUACACGUAAUUUUCUCGUGACAAGGAAGUAAGGAGUGUCUGUGAGCCUGCACCUGAAGCAUAGAAGAGAGGGCCAGAUUGCAGUUAUGGAUUUUCACGCUGCUUCCAUCAUUGUUCUGUUCUCCCUUAUUGCUCUCACCUGCGCAGAACCUGUGAAAUUUGCAGAUUGUGGCUCUGAUGUUGGUAAGGUGGUGAUUGUUGACAUCCAACCUUGUCCUAAACAACCAUGUGAGCUCCAUAAAGGACAGGCCUAUGCUGUCAAUGUGACAUUCAACAGUGCGGUUGAGAGCCAGACGAGUAAAGCAAUUGUCCACGGUGUGAUCGCUGGCGUUCCCAUCCCAUUCCCCAUCCCCAUUGAAGACGGCUGCAAGUCUGGGAUCGAGUGCCCCAUUCAGAAGGCACAGAGCUAUCACUAUGUGACUCAGCUUCCAGUGAAGUCUGAGUACCCCUCUAUCAAGCUGGUUGUUGAAUGGGAGCUGAGAGAUGACACUGGCAAAGACUUGUUCUGCAUAAAGUUCCCAGUCCAGAUUGUAAGCUGAGAUUUAUCUGCAGUACCACCUGAAGGGAAUUU